AAGCGUCUUCUGGCUUUGGCUCGAAGAGGCUGAUUUUGAAAAUUCGCUUGGUGCAUUCAUCUUGUGGGUUGGACGUGACGAUGAGGAAUGAAUCCCCAGCGCUACGGCGGAAACAACAGGAAAUGGCGUAUCGAUUGAGAGCAAGGCCACCUGCUCCAGAUACGGAUGAACGGCAUCAAAGACGGCGACAGCAGAGUAGGUGGAAUGGCAAUGGCCAAGGAGCCACCAAUGAUUCGGACGAAUUCAAAGCAUCGGUCCGGAUUGUAGAUGGAUUUCCCGUGGAGUACUCUUGUCGUGACGACCCUCGGCAAAAGUCCUUCCAAGAUGACGCCAAUCUUACUAAAAUCUCAAUCAACUUUGACUAUGAAAUGGUCACCAUGAAGAAUGCCCGCGUCCUCGAGAGCAUUCGAUCACUUGAAUGGAGUUUGCUUUGGAAUGUCGCCAGAAACAUGGGCCUGCACAACUGCAACUAUAGAAAGCAGGAGCCGCUUUCUGACGGAGAGCGACAUCUGUCGUCAGAAAAUUAUGUUGUAGGCUUGUCCAGUCUGGAGUUAGACGAUGUGGACCAUAACAUCGAUAAAUGCACUUUCCUUACCAGCCCUCAGAAAGGACUGGUGUGUACUCCAAUGGUUGGUAGAAUGACAGCUCAUUUCAUCGGAGACAAAAGCACCAUUAGAAGCUACCUGGAACACAACAUCAAAAAGGAACUGAACUCCAAAAGAGUACAAAUUGAACAGGUAAAGGAAUGCCAUUUCGUAGGCGACAGAAGCAGCCUACUACAACCAUUGGCCAACGUUCGAGAAGAGCUGCACUCGAGAAGCAGCACCAUGAAUCUUGCCCUCGUGUUUGGAGCAAUCGCUGCCGCCAUUGUGCUAAGUUUGGCUAUCUUGAUGGCGAGAGGAAGAAAGUCGAGACGGCGACAGCACACGUUGGACGACGAUGCAGCCCUGCCAAACUUGCCAUCAGUAUUGUUUCAGAAACCUAUGCAAGGGCAGGCCAUUGAUAUCGUUCGACACUCUUGCUCCAGCGAUACACAAGAGAGCCUGCCGCCAGCUGAGAGCAACAUUAUUGCCUGUGAGACACUAGACGAUGACCUACCUUUAGGAAAUCGAGAGAUUGUGAUUCCAUCGAUCCCGCUGCCUGCUUCCACUGAAGACGGACCGUUAUUCAUUGAUGAUCAGCCAAUGGAAGUGAAAGCACCUGCUGAAGAAACACCUGACACAACAACUUCGGAGGACAAGGAAAACAUGGGUGUGCCGCCAUUACCAGCUUUAAAGGUUGUCCCAGUAGACGAUCAAAAGCCGAAAGACCCUAUGGCAAAGUCCAAGACCCUUCAGCCCAAACGAAAGAGGAGAAAGAAGAAGAAGAAGAAACAAAGAGUACUAAAAAGGACGUCAAGCAGAAACUCAAUUGAUGAGAUGGAAACAAUCCGAGAAGACGAUGAAAGUGUCGAUGAUGAAGGCAGCGAGUUCGACGGAUCUGAAUACUCCACUGACGACGAGGAGAGCCCAUUUAGCUCCAAUCUGGAUGAUGAACAGGACGUCGUUGUCCCUCCUUCUCCAAUCCUGGAGGAAAAGAGAAUCAGGCGUCUUCCGCCCCCGUGGAUAUGAGAGAGCUGUCUAGUUGCUGUAUUGCAUCGUCGAGGAAAGGGGAGCAUUGGCUCUCCUCUCUAGCUGCACAUACAAAUGCUGAUGAAAGACCAGGAAUGCAGUGAGGGUAAUGCUGUCGACCUUCAAAGGUGAACCAACAAAAACAUCAAAGUGAGGAAUGCUUCCUCCAGGUAGAAAAGAAGGCAGUUAUUUGGAGCCUGUUUAGCAGUAUCACCAUAAACUAUAGAGCACAUGUAGGUACUGUUGU